GUUCAUAAGCUCCGGCUAUACACCAUCAGCAUCCCGUCUUCUUGGUCCUGCAUCUGCCUCCUGCUCUUGGAUCCAAUGUCUGGAUUGAAUUGUUUUUGAAAGUCUCUUUACCCCCGUCACUCAGUUUUAUUCAUACGCUCUCUUCGUCCCGGCUCUUUGUCUUCUACGUUGCAUAUUUAAAGUACAGCUGUUGCUGGUGCUGGUGCUCCUACUGUUGUCCAUUGCCAAUGAUGCUGAUGUUAAUGUUGCUCGUUGUAUGAACCCGAUUCCAAUCCUUUUUUUGUUAUGCCUGCUUCCCCUCCUCGAGAAACCAUCGAAGCACCCAAACAAGGUCGACAAAGAGAUACUCCCGAUAGCAACCGCAGGAAAAGAGCAGCAGCGACCACGCUUUCUUCCUCUUUUUCAGAACACAGCGGACAAGGAACACUAUCCAAACAAGCUUGACUGUCACUACCAGCACUAUCAACUAUCCAUUGGCGGGACACGCACUACCGACCUUUCUUCCUUCCUUUCUUCCUUUUUUUCCUCCACCGCAUGCAUACACCCCGCACCUUCAUUUCUUGAUUCAACAAACAAUUGAACAGCAGCAGCAGCUCAGUCGUAUCUUUCUGCUUCCCUCUUUCUUCCUCCUCCCUGUUUU